UCUCUCUGUCUCUCACACUCCUUCGUCCAGCGUUUGUUGAUCGCAGAGCUGCAGGCACUGAGGCGAUGGCCGAGGUGGUAGAUCUCCUCUCUACACCCCAUAACGUCCAAAUCAGUGAAGUGACCUGUGACUCAUUCCACGUUGCCUGGGAGAUGACCCCAGAGGAUGCAGGACGCGUGACACACUAUUUCAUCGACCUGAGCCGCAAAGCAGGAGGAGAGAGGAACCGCUUCAAACACAGAGAUGUUCCCACUAAGCUGGUGGCGAAGGCGGUGCCGCUGCCGAUGGCCGUGAGAGGUCACUGGUUCCUGAGCCCUCGUACCGAGUACUGUGUGGCCGUACAGACCGCCAUCCGCCAGCCUGAUGGAGACUACCAGGUGUCUGAGUGGAGUCAGGUGGUGGAAUUCUGUACUGGAGAUUACGCUGUAGAUCAUCUGCAGCAGCUCCUGGAUAAAGCUCGGGGUGUAGCGGGAAGGCUGCUGCGCUUCUCUGUGUUUUACCGCAACCAGCACCCCGAAUACUUCCACUAUGUCAGAACAAAAUGUGGUGGUUUAAUGCCGCCGUCUCUGAAAGACAACAGCGGCAGUCAUGGCUCGCCCAUCAACGGAAAACUCUGUGGCGUCUUCCUGAGCUGCAACACCGAGUUCGACACAGGCCUCCCUCCUAAAGACUCACCCUACGGCCCCUUACGCUUCCAGGUCUCCGCCGCGCUCCUCCUGAAGCCUGAGACACACCUCUACUUCGCAGAUUUCUACUGCAUGUACACAGCGUAUCACUACGUCGUCUUGGUGCUGGCCCCAGUCGGCUCGGAGGGCGACCGCUUCUGUGACGGGCGUCUUCCCCUGCUGGAUCUCACGUCCAAUCCUUUCCUGACGUACGUCCCUGGGGAGGAACCGAUGUUCUGUCACGCCAGUGAUGUCAUCCUGGAAGUUCUGUACACCGAGGCGCUGCCUUUGGAUCAAGGCACGGUGACGCAGAUCAGCGGCCAUCACCAGCUCAUGAGCCUCUCCACAGCCAACGCCAAGAAGGACCCGAGCUGCAAGGUGUGUAACAUCAGCGUCGGGCGCUGA